AUGGUUAUCCCAGUGCAGAUUAUCUUCAGGUAUCUUGGUUCUGCAACCUUCCACAGAAGCUGCUUGAUAGAGGCAGUGAAUCUCAAAUCCAGCAACCGAAACCCAGUGGUACAUGAAUUUGAAAGUGUGGAAUUGUCUUGUAUCAUUACGGACUCACAGACAAAUGAUCCUAGGAUUGAAUGGAAGAAAAUCCAAGAUGGCCAAACCACCUAUGUGUAUUUUGACAACAAGAUUCAAGGGGACCUGGUAGGUCGUACAGAUGUGUUUGGAAAAACUUCAUUGAGGAUCUGGAAUGUGACACGGUCGGACUCAGCAAUCUAUCGCUGUGAGGUCGUUGCUCUAAAUGACCGAAAAGAAAUUGAUGAGAUUACCAUUGAGUUAAUUGUGCAGAUGAAACCAGUGACCCCUGUCUGCAGAGUACCAAAGGCUGUGCCUGUAGGCAAGAUGGCGACACUGCAGUGUCAGGAGAGUGAGGGCUAUCCCCGGCCUCACUACAGCUGGUACCGCAACGAUGUGCCACUGCCUACAGAUUCCAGAGCCAACCCCAGAUUUCACAAUUCGUCUUUCCUUGUGAACUCGGAGACAGGCACUCUGGUUUUCAGUGCUGUCCACAAGGACGACUCUGGGCAGUACUACUGCAUUGCUUCCAACGAUGCAGGCGCAUCCAGGUGUGAGGGGCAGGACAUGGAAGUCUAUGAUCUGAACAUUGCUGGGAUUAUUGGGGGAGUCUUGGUUGUCCUUAUUGUUCUCGCUGUGAUCACGAUGGGCAUCUGUUGUGCAUACAGACGUGGUUGCUUCAUCAACAGUACACAAGAUGGAGAAAGUUAUAAGAGCCCAGGGAAGCAUGAUGGCGUUAAUUACAUUCGGACAAGUGAUGAGGGUGACUUCAGACACAAAUCGUCCUUUGUUAUCUGA